GGGAUCUGGAAAUGGCGAUCCGAGUAUCUGAAUCCAGAUCCCAAGCCCCACGCUCAUCGAUUCCGUGCGCUGUUACGGGUGCGGCUACGUCAGAGCUACCUCACCAUCGAUGCGUCCUACGCAACGAAUGUCAGCUCUUCUGCAGAGCGCCGGGCUGCUCGGAUAGUUGUGAACGCGCUGGCCGCGAACUAUGACCCACUUCCCAUUCCUGUCGUUGCGGCUGAUACGGUCUAUGUGCUGUUCUUUGACGGGGGAUCGCGUGGAAACCCAGGCCCAGGGGGUAGUGGGUCUGUAAUUGUUCGGCUUGACCCUGGUGCGAGAGCUGGUGUGCCCGUAUGGUUUGCGAGUAUGGCGUAUGGAGAUAUACGCACUACGAACAAUACGGCUGAGUAUCGUGGACUCCUACAUGGCCUCAAAUACGCGAACAAAUGUGGGCUGGAGCCGCUACAUGUUGUCGGCGAC